CUCUCCCACCAUCUCCUGGAAGUGAGAGGUUUUCUUCCGUCUCUUCCUCUAUCGCGCAUUUCGCAAUUCUAAUGCAUUCGAGCUUUCGAAGGAUCGCCUCCUCCGACGUCCGCCUCUCCCUGACCCCCCGCCGCCGCGCCACCCGCAGGCCCAUCUCCACCUCAUCGCCGCCCCCGGACCCCGUGGAGCCCUUAACGCGGCCGCAGCUCAAACCCCUCGUCCUCGGCCGCUACGCCAAGAAUGGCAAGUUCUCCGGCCUCGCCCGCCACGUCCUGUCUUCCCCCUCCGUCCUCCUCGCCGCCUGCCGGAACCUCGCCGCCCCAAGCCCUCCCGACGCGGCUCCUCCGCCUCCGCCUCCGCCUUCCUCUGCUCUGCUCGAGUCCGUGUCGAGGCGCUUCUCGCUCUCCGAAAUGGGCCGCGAGAUCGCCGAGGGCCGGUUCGACGUCGCGGCGUGCUGCGUCGCGAUGGCGCCCUCGAGAAAGAAAGGUGAGCCCCUGCUCCUGCCCGGCUUGAAACUGAAGGUCUUGAUCGAGGCCCUCAGGAUGGUUCUGGAGGUCGUAUAUGACGAGAGGUUCGCGACUUUCGCUUACGGCGGGCGUGUCGGCGUGGGGCGCCACACGGCUGUGCGAUACUUGAAAGCCUCUGUGCAGAAUCCCAGCUGGUGGUUCACUGUGACAUUCGACAGGCAGAAGUUUGACUGUGCACGUGUGAGCAAACUGUGUAAGGUCAUUGAAGAGAAAAUCGACGAUUCUCUUUUCGUUGAUUUGAUAAGGAGGCUGUUUGAGUGCCAAGUCGUGAGCAUUGAAUUGGGCGGGUGCUAUUUGGGGAGAGGGUUUCCUCAAGAGAGUGGCCUGUGUGCAAUUUUGAUUAACAUAUACUUCAAUGGACUCGACAAGGAAAUUCAGGAUUUAAGGCUUCAAAUGAAUAAAGAGAAUCUUAAGUUUGAGUCUAAUGAAAAUGUUUCGGAUUCAACAUCGAAUGUGUUUUACAAGCCCGUGAAGGUGUACGCAGUUAGGUACCUGGAUGAGAUGCUCUUUAUAACCUCAGGGUCAAAAAUUUUGACUCUGGAUUUGAAGAACAACAUUGUGAAAUAUAUAGAAGAGAAGCUGGAAUUGAAGGUAGAUAGAGUGAGAACUGCAAUUCACAGCCCUACGAUGGAAAAGAUUGAGUUCUUAGGGAUGGAACUUCAGGCAGUCCUGCCUUCUGUUUUGCAUCCCCCAAUGUCAGAAAAAGCCAUGAGGGCUAGGAAGAAGUACCUAAGGCAGAAGGAAGUGAAAGCUUUAGAAAUGAGAAAUGCUAGGGAAAGGAAUAGGAAGAAACUGGGAUUGAAGAUUUUGAGUCAUGUUUUCAAGAAGUUGAAGUGCACAAAUGGGUUCAAAUUUGACAUUCAAAUUGAGAAUGAGGUCAACGAGAUUUUCAGAACAUGGGCAGAUGAAGUGGUGCAGGACUUCUUAGGAUCUCUGGAGGAGCGGUAUAAUUGGCAUCGGGUGCUCUCAGCUGGAAAUUUCCUUUCUUUACAACGCAUAAGAGACCAAUUGCCACAGGAACUUGUCUUUGCUUAUGACAAGUUCCAAAAGGAAGUAGAUAAGCACUUGUCUCCGGUCAAAGCUAUGAAGGCAUUAAAGGAAGAAGAAAGGAGAGAAGAAGAAGAAAAGGAACAGAAGUAUGCAGAGAUGACAGUUCAUGAUUUGACGAGAUUGUGUAUUAGAGUUGAUGCACCCAUUGGACUUGUUCGGAAGGCAGUUAAAAUGGCUGGAUUUACAAACAACAUGGGUCGUCCUAGACCAAUAAAGCUACUCAUUGCUCUAGACGAUGCUGAUAUCAUCAAAUGGUAUGCAGGUGUAGGGAAAAGAUGGCUUGACUAUUUCUGUUGCUGCCACAACUUCAAGAUGGUAAAAACAGUUGUAACUUAUCACCUGAGGUUCUCUUGCAUUUUAACUUUAGCAGAGAAGCAUGAAUCGACCAAACUUGAAGCAAUUAGGCAUUACUCCAAGGAUUUAAAAGUCUUGGAUGCAUGUGAAAAUGAAAUGUUCUACUUUCCCACAGAAAAAGAGGUUAAGAUGAUGGGAGAUAGAAACCUUUCAGAUCCAAAGCCUGUUGAUGGGGUUCUAACUUUGGCGCUGAUUAGAUUGGCUUUCGAUUGUAAGCCACUUCAUUCCUGUAUUGCACAUUUCUGUGACCGAACCGAUGUAGUUUUUUAUCGGAUACGAUUACUCCAAAACAGAUUAAAUGUAAACCCACUGAACGAGGAGAAGUGGAUCUCAGGGUUGGGUGUUAUCCAUGAGAGUUUGAAUCGCAAGUGCCUUCCUGUCUGUCCUGUCCAUAUAGAUGACUUGUACAUGGGAAAAAUCACACUUCAAAACAUUGAUGUUGGUUCAUUUGUGGAUGUGGAUGAUCUAUGAUUCUUUUGGUUGGAUUCCCAGUUCCUGAGUGGUAACAUGGUGGAUUGAGACCUUCUGAAUUGGGGCAAACACUGUGCACAGGUAAGUGCCCCACUUAAGCAUCAGCUCUCACUUGGGUUUGCUUAGAUGUCUAUUUUUUCUCUAACUAAUCUGCUUAUUCUUUCCAAAUGGGGUUGCCUGAAUUGUGCUCAAUAUGCAUCAACCACAGUAUAGUCUAGAUGUUAUGUUCCAGCCGCCACAUCAUGUGCUUGUUUUAUAGCUGGAUCCUUACUUUUUGUUGGCCAUUGACUUGGUUGUUGUUCCCAUAUAAACGUGCCAGAUUGAAUAGAACACCAAAAGCAGUGUUUACUUUUAAUUCUAUGCUUAUGUUGAUUAUUCUACUCAAUGCGGGCCCAGUUUCCUAGCUGUUGGAAAAUCUGAACUAAAACUACACAUAACAUGUUUAAUCCGAUGGAGAUGAGUGAUUGGGUGGACUGAUAGUCCAGCCAUAGAACUCAGUUUUGACCUCAAGCAUCUUACCCUUAAGGGUGAUUAUUUUGCUGCCUUCAAUAACACUGUACUGAGUAGAAUUUCUGAGGUGCACAGCAUCUGGCUAACUCUUUGUUUUCCUAAACAAGUUUAUUGGUUUUAGCUGUAUUGUCUGCAAGCACUACAACAUUUACAAAUGAUUUGUGUGCCUUCUUGCCUUUCUGUGAAAGUUUUUUUGUGUGCUCAUGCGCACAUACCUGCCAGCCUAGAUGUAAAUCCCUAUCCCUACUCCCUACUCCCUAGUCUCACCCCAUCCAAUGCCAGUAGGCCAAAUGCUGAGGAUAUCUUGCUUCUCUAAUUGCAAUACAAAGAUGCCUUUUCCUAAUGAUGGGAUUUGCACCUCUUACCUUAGAAUGUCAGAUUUCUUAUGACAAGUUGAAAAUAAGCAGUAGGAUUUGUCCUACCUCAAACUGACCUGACAUCUUAGAUAUACUGAACUAGAGGAGAACCUUAAUCAUCAACCCAACUGAGUGAGUGGUACACUCACAUGGGGAUGAUUAUGGGCACAGGGAAAGAAUUCAUCAUAAUUCAUGCUCAAAUAGUGUCGAUAUUCAUGAAACUUGACAUUAAAGAUCAUCAUUGCCACACUGCAAAGAAGAGGGAAGCAUUAGCUAGACUGCAACCAGAAAUGGGUGAGGGGUGUUGCUUAGAACAUCAUCAAAACUGAAUCCUGAUGAUUUGCUGUUCAAGGUGAAGCCUAACUGUUUCCUAAGGUGGUAAUCUCUCCAAAGCUAAUUCUGUUAUUGAACAUUGCCUGUGGCAGAUGAUACAUUGCUUUGAUUCUGCGGCUAGCAGGAACUUUGACUCUCUGAUUUCUUGGUUGUA